CGCCGCUAAGCAAAGGGACCCGAAUGGGCCCGUUCAGUAUGGUGAUAUUUUGAGAUUUCCAGCAUAUUCUACGAAACAUUUCACAACCAUGCACCUAAAACAGCAACUGGAACUUUUCCCCGACUACAGCGUGACCCAGCUGCUUUUUAAAGACGUCAAAAACGCCGCAGAACUGAGACAGUGUGCCGUUGAGGGUAAAAUAAAGGGUGCCUUGAUCAACCCAACAAUGUUAGUGGACCCUUUCCAGGUGCUGUUAGCUGCAAACAAGGCUGUGCAUUUACAGAAGACUGGAAAAAUGAAGACGAGAAGUCUGUUUUCAGAGAUCAUCUUCAACCUUUCACCCACAAAUAAUAUCUCUGAGGCCUUUAAAAGAUUUGGAAUCUCCGGUGGUGACGACUCCGUCCUUGUGGUUCUAGUUCACACCAAAGAUGAGCCACAGCUCCUGACAGACAUCACAGCCAAAGUGGACGGACAGCAGAUUCCAGCCAAAGACAUUUCCACGCUAUCAGACCCUGUCAAGAUCAAAAAGUUGUACAAAGUCACCCCCCAGGAGGAGAAGUGUGGGACCCUGCUGGAUGCAAUUGUCUGCAGAAUGGCCAUUAAAGACGUCGUGUAGCAACAACCGAGGACCACAAUAAGAACAUAACUUUGUUGAACACAGCUGAAAUAGAAAAUGUACACGCUCCAUUUUUUUCCCAGACCAGAUUAAAUUAAUAUUAAAUCCAGUCAACUACUUGUAUAGUUAACAUACUACUUGUAUAUAUUUAAUAACAAGGAGUUGAAUUCCUGCUCUUGGGUGGACUGAUUUUAUCUGGAACAGAAGCAGUCAGAGAGGGCAAAGCACAGCCCAUGUUUUAUUCCAGGCAUACCGAACAGAUCUAUCAUCAUUCACUUUAACUCAGAGAAUCCACAUAAGAUAAUUUCGCUAAGCAGAGCAUGACUUAUUUGUUGUCAGAGUUUUUUGUUUUGUACAAGUUUUUGCAUACGCUCAUGUUAGAAAAGUAACUGGACUUAUGCAAACAUACGUAAAAGCCAUGAGAUAUUUUGUUUUAAUAGUACAUCGGCUCACUUGGCCCUCACCUGCUGUUUUGUCUUUUCUGUCUUCAGGUUUUAUAAAAAGAUGUGAAAAAAGUUUUAUGAGCACUGGGGAAUUUGCGAGGUCAUUUACCAUCCACUCCGCUGUUCACAUAACUUUCUGUGGUUUGUGUUUCUUUGACGUUUAACGGUGAUUUCUGUUCUGAGUCCUGGAGCCGGGGGCACUGCGAGGUUUUGACAGCUGCAGAUGAUGAUGUACAGCAGAGCUCGCUGCAGCACUGCUGAAUUAUGGAUCCAAAGGGCUUUGGGUGAUGGAUCGACCACGAGAAUUUUGAAAUAAAAUGGCCACAUCCACAUUAACCGACAUGAAACAUUAGAUCAAAACUCCGGUCAAAACCUGCCAGCCUAUCAAGAUAUGCAUAUUUAACAUACAAGCUGUUUAAAAUAUUGGGAACCGUCAUACGUUUGCAUGAGAUGCAUGCACUUGAAACGUUUUGUUUCUUUUAAAUAACCCAUAUGUCACCUGAAAGUAGCUUUCUUACUUUGCUUUGUCACAUAUAGGCAGUUGUGUUUUUGGAAAUAGUGUGCAGGUGUUGCAAUAUAAUUUAAAUACAACAAAGUAAUGCGUAACAAUAUUGUACAUCGCAUCACUCCUCACUGGUUAUAAUGUAAUUCUUUACACCGCUUUCAAGUUCAACAUGACAUCCUCAUUGGUUGAAGCGGCAAACAUUUUGACGGAUGGUGUGUCAUCGUGUAAACAAGGCCUGCCUUAUUGAUAAUUUCAUUAAAUAAUGCAGCUAUUUCCUGUCAUGUGGCAAAGGUCUUAGAUCAGCGUAUAUACCACAAUAAAGUUAUCCUGACUGAGAGCUUC